AUGCUAAUAGAGAAAGAUAAGGCUAGUUAUAUCUACAUUAUAUUAAACGAACUUGUACUUACAACCAGUAGCGAGAUGACAGUCAUCAACAAACCACCGAAGGACCUGAAUGGUGAAACAGAAGAGUUAAACAAAAAUCCUGGUCAAAAUGGAGACAAGUUGGAAGCUUUGCUGUCACACGUGGGAGAAAUGGGACGCUACCAAAUUUAUUUGUUUUUGGCGACUUUACCGUUCGGUUUCACGUUUUGUUUCAACUACUUUGUGCCAAUACUUAUAACAGUGACUCCCGAAAAUUACUGGUGCAGAGUUCCUGAGCUCAAGAAUUUAUCUCAAGAACUGAGGCGAAAUCUGUCAGCACCAGGAGCCAGCACAGGUGUGUGGAAUCAAUGCAUGACUUUUGAUACCAACUGGACUCAAGUAUUGCAUACAUUAACUCCUCCGGUAGAUGGAACACCUCUAAUACCUUGUCAGUACGGCUGGGAGUUCGACUUUAGUGUGAUACCAUAUGAAACAGUCGUUACAGAGAGAGGAUGGGUAUGCGAACAAGAGACUUAUCCACGCAUCGCUAUGUUGUUGUCUUUCGUUGGGUCCGUAGUGGGAUGCUGUUUGUUCGGAUGGAUCGCUGAUCGAUAUGGGAGAAUACCAGCUUUAAUAGUGCUUGAGUACGUGGGCCCUCAGUACCGAACCUUGGUAGCUAACCUAUCUUACGCACUGUCAUUUGGAGUUGCUGCCAUUCUAGUACCUUGGGCCGCGUAUUUCAUUGCCGACUGGCGCAAUCUGGUAUGGGUCACUACACUACCGGGGUUCCUGGUGUUAUUGACUCCUUGGCUACUGCCGGAAAGUGCUAAGUGGCUGAUUAGUAAAGGUCGCGUCAAUGAGGCUGUGAUGAUACUGAAGACAGUUGAAUCUGUUAACAGAACUAAGAUGCCUGAUCAAGCCAUUGAAGAAUUCAUGGCGUCUUGUCACGAGUUCCAGCCCGAGAAGAAAUAUCCUAUUGCAAAAGUUUUUAAAAGCAAACCACUGUGCCAGGUACUGGUGGCCUUAGCGUUACUAAACUUUGGAUAUGCUAUUAUUUUUGAUGGGCUUCUACGUGUGACGGAUUCGUAUGGGAUGAACUUGUUUACCAUUUUGACUGCUGCUGGUGUCUGCGAAUUUUGGGCUGUUACCCUAAUUGCAUUCACUCUUGACAGGGCAUACGAGAGGGAUUCUUUCGAUUAUUGGACGUUUCUUCAUGAAUUUCUGCUCGAUAUCUACCACUCAAUGGACUAUAGAAAUACUGCCAACUCCCCUUCGAGCAACAGGAUUGUCGAUAUUGCACAUGAGCGCAUAUGCUGCUAUUUUCAUGACACCUUUUAUUUCAUAUUUGGAAACCAGAAGAUUCUACAGAGUACGGGUACCUUAAAUGCUUCAGAAGACGAAGAUGAGUUUCUUAUCUAA